GCAAAAGUUGAAGUUUGGCGCCGUUUGGCAGCGAGUCAGUAAAUGCGGCAUUUUUAGGACGGCGCAAGUUGCUCCCCUGCGGUCGGUCGACGAAGUGGCGGGGUGAGACCCGAGCUGUCAAAGCCGAUGACGACCGCAAACUGCCCCGGGAAUGAGGAGCUGGACUUCAGACUGAUCUUCGGGGAGGACGCGCAGCAGCAGCAGCAGCAGUUAGGCCCCGCAGAUCUGGAGCCUGAUGACAACACAUCGUUCUAUAUCCUAAAUGUGGGCCAGCCUCAGUCUAUGAUCACCAACCACCAGUCUAUUGGUCUGUCUCGUCAUGGCAUGCACUCCCAAUCCCAGGUCAUCAACACCUCAUCACGCCUUCCAUCACACAAACCAGGAUCUGAGUCAUUAAGUUAUGAUGCACAAUACUACACAGUGCUACCCACUGCUCCUGUGGAGGCACCAAAGGCUUUUGAAUGCCCCAGUAUCCAAAUCACCUCCAUUUCCCCUAGUUGCCAACAGGAGAUGGAUGGCAAUGAAGGGGAGCUGAGGCCCAAUGGUUCUGAUGGGGAUUACCACAGGGACAGGACCUUGUCUAGAGGGCACCUGUUUUUGCCACUAGACCACUCAUAUCGAGACUCUUCACUCAGCCCUAGUCCAGGCAGCAGCCUGUCAUCUCGAAGCUGGUUUUCAGAUGCCUCCUCUUGUGAAUCAUUUUCACAUGUCUAUGAUGAUGUUGACUCGGAGCUGAAUGAAGCAGCUGCCAGGGUUUCUUUGGGGUCGCCUCUGACCUCUCCAGGCUGUGCCUCCCCUCAAACUGGUGGUGGAGUUCUGGAGGAGCAGUCCUUCUGGCAUCAACAUCACCCUCCUUUUGUGCACCACUCUCACUCUACCCUUUCUCCCCGACAGUCACCCUGCCAUUCGCCACGCAACAGUGUCACUGAUGAAAAUUGGCUCAGCCCACGGCCAUCUUCUAGGCCUUCUUCACGUCCCACCUCACCUUGUGGGAAAAGGCGCCACUCUAGUGCUGACAUUUGCUAUCCAAAUUCAUUGUCUCCUCAUCAUUCACCCACACCCACGCCAGGACCGUCCCCCAGGGGUAGUGUGACAGAGGACACUUGGGCUGGGAGUCCCUCUGUAGGCAUGUCACCCUUUCAAUGCUGCCCAUCUGAGACAGACAUCCCACUAAAGACAAGGAAGACCUCACAGGACAGAACAGCUAUGCAGACUGGGAAAGGAGAGCUGGUGCUAGAUGACCAAGAUAAUAUAUCAUCUAAUCUGGACUCUCCCUCAGAUGAGAACUUGCACAGUUUGAAGAAAGAUGGGCCUGCAGAACAGUUUCUCUCGGUGCCCUCCCACUUCUCAUGGAAUAAACCCAAGCCUGGUCAUACACCUAUAUUCAGGACCUCCUCAUUGCCUCCUUUAGACUGGCCACUACCAAGCCAGUUUGGGCAGUAUGAACUGAAGAUAGAGGUACAACCCAAAGCCCACCACCGUGCACACUAUGAGACUGAAGGCAGUCGGGGAGCUGUCAAAGCAGCAUCUGGUGGCCAUCCAAUUGUCAAGCUUAUUGGCUAUAGUGAGAAACCCGUCAACCUGCAGAUGUUCAUUGGAACAGCAGAUGACCGUUACUUGAGGCCACACGCCUUCUACCAGGUGCACCGAAUCACUGGAAAAACUGUAGCCACAGCUAGCCAAGAAGUCUUGCUUUCCAGCACCAAAGUUCUCGAAAUUCCUCUGCUUCCUGAAAACAACAUGUCAGCCAGCAUUGACUGUGCAGGCAUACUUAAACUGCGGAACUCAGACAUUGAGCUGCGGAAGGGGGAGACUGAUAUAGGAAGAAAAAACACUCGGGUCCGUGUGGUGUUCCGAGUGCACAUCCCUCAACCCAACGGGAAGGUGCUGUCACUGCAGGCUGCCUCCAUUCCUGUAGAGUGUUCCCAGCGUUCAGCUCAAGAGCUGCCCCAGGUUGAGAAAUCCAGCCUAACAAGCUGUCUGGUCAGUGGGGGGGAAGAGAUGGCCAUCACUGGUUCCAACUUUUUCCCAGAGUCCAAGGUUAUCUUCCUGGAGAAAGGCCCUGAUGGACGACCACAGUGGGAAGUUGAGGCAAAAAUAAUUCGGGAGAAAACUCAAAGUUCAUGCAUCAUGGUGGAGGUCCCUCCCUACCACAGUAAGGCUGUGAGCUCAGCUGUACAAGUGCAGUUUUAUGUCUGCAAUGGCAAACGCAAAAGGAGCCAAUCACAACGCUUCACCUAUCUUUCAGUUAUGGUAAAGCAGGAGCAGAGAGACGAGUUGGACCUUCAUACUGUUCCCCCUAUUUCCAUGCCCUUGGCGCAUGCUGCCAGCCUGGUCCACCCCCAGCUGCCUUCUCCUGAGCAGGGCCACCCAUCGGACAACCUUCUGUCCAGCUCCCUUCACAGCCUGGCCACAGUCUCUAGACCUGACCUGCUACCUCUGUCGGGCCCCUGCCCCUCCCUGAGCUCCCCUCCAUACCCGCACCUGCCUCACCUCCAGGGUCACAGUUUGCAUCAUCCUCCUGCAGACUGCCACAUGCCGUUCCACCAGAGCUCUGCUCCUGCUCCCCUCCGGCCCUCCUACCAGCCUUUGCAACACAGCCAUGGUCAGAGUCAUAACAUGUCCUUCAAUGGCCAGCCCAGCCUUCCCCUUCAGAGCUAUGACAGAAUGCCCUUUCAGCAGAGCCCAAGUGCAGUAUCACACCCAAUUGGCUUGGGAAUGGGUUACCAGUCCUCCCCUUGCUCCUCACCAUCAGUUCCCUCUUCAGCCACCAAUCCAAUAAUUGGAUCCCCCCAGAGCCAGCAGCCCUUGCUCUCUCCGUCAUCCCCACACCUCCAUGCUCUCGGAGGCUUUCACUGCUCACCAAAUCCCAACCAGGUGUCCUCUCAAGGUGUGCACUCCUUGACUGGGCAGCACUCCCCACAGGUGCAGAGAGGUCUGAGCUACCACCCAGUGAGUCAAAGAUCAGCUUCCUGUCCCACGCCAUCCACUAAUUCCCCACAGAUGAUCCCAUCUCCCCAUUCUGGACCCUCUUCUCCUCAGCUCCACUCCCUACCAUACCAAUCUCCCACUUCAUCCUCCCCCACCUCAGGUGGCAGCCCUCUGGGGAUCUUACCACAGCAGCAUUCUGGACAGCCCUCUCCUCAGGCCACAAGUCCAGUUCUGACCAGUCUGUCUCCUUCAGCAGUGGGGCCACUGGUUCAUCCUUUAAGUCCUCAAGGGCCCUUUCCCUCGAAUGGAGAGAGCCCAAAUAUUAAGCAAGAACCAGAGGACAGAGAACCCACCUUCCGCUCCAUCGGCCUGCAGGACAUCACACUGGAUGAUGUGAACGAGAUCAUCGGCAGAGACAUGUCCCAGUCGCCCAGCGCUCACGGUUCUCCGUCAGUUCACAACCAGUCGUAGCUCAGCU